AUGCCGGCAACUUGCGCCGCUCGUGUUUUUCAACUCACUCGAGAGCUCGGUCACAAAUCCGACGGUGAAACCAUCGAAUGGCUCCUCCAUCCAAAGUCUGAAUUCCCUUGCCUUGGUCAGAAUGACUUCGAUGAGGGUGAAAUUCCUAGAAGUUUGGGAAAUUUGAAGCACUUGACAUGGCUUUAUUUGGCUGGGAUUAAUUUGAGGGGGUUGAUUCCACAGUCUAUUUUUGGACUUAAAGCCCUUGAAACAUUAGAUUUGUCUACCAACAGUCUCUCAGGUGAGAUCCCAACAGCGAUUUCAAAUUUGCAGCGUCUCAACAAGAUCGAGCUCUUUAUGAACAAUUUCACUGGAGAUAUCCCACCUGAGCUUGCAAAGCUCACACUUCUGCGUGAAUUUGACAUUUCUAAGAACCAGAUGUCUGGAGAAAUUCCUGCUGAGAUCGGUAAUCUGAAGAAUUUGGUGGUCUUCCAAUUAUAUGAAAACUAUUUCACAGGAGAACCCCCUUCUGGGUUUGGGGAUUUGCAGCAUCUGGAGGCCUUUUCUAUCUACAGAAACAACUUGGAUGGUUACUAA